ACAAAGCGUUUGUCUCGCAUGCAGCUUUUGCCUCAUAUGUUGGCAUGAAUUUUGUGUGAUGGUGUUUGUACUCUUCUUGGUGAGUGCUUGUGGUAGCGGUCUCUCCCUCUCAUUGUGUGUUUGCUGCUGGAGGUGGGAGGGCUCAGCUGAUGUCAUUGAGUGCAGCAGGCUGAGCCUGAAAGAGGCCCUUUGUUGGCAGCUGUAGCACGAGUAGUCCCUGUGCCUCAGAUACACACUCACACAGGACAGGAGAGAGGAAUGGCACCGUUCAGACUGCCCUACUGCCCACUCAACUGACACAUCUACAGGUCGAGCAAGCCUUUGGAACAAACCUGCGCUUUUGGAUCGUUGUUGUAACUAACAGACGUGGAGCUAACCAAAACCCCAAGAGCAAAAGGGGGGGAAAAAAACAUGGAGACGCUCGGAAGAGAAAGUUGAUAGACUUUGCCGGACAGCGGACUCUGAUUUUUCUGUUUUGGAAAGGAGUGAGGGGGGAAAAAGAGGAUUUACAGCAGCUGAAAGGACUGAGGAAAAGAAAACAAGUAGAAUUCAAAACCUAUUUUGGCUUGGUGCCGUUUCUCCUUUUGUUAGUUUUUGUCUUGCGUUCAAACUUUUCUCUCGUUGGACACAUGUAGAGGGGAAACGUUCAAGGGACGUCUUAUUUGAAAAAGCAACAACAUUUUCAAGCGGGAAGGGAAAGAAAGCAAAUGAAAAUGUUGGAGAUAUGCCUGAAAUUGGUGGGGUGUAAAUCUAAGAAAGGCCUCUCGUCCUCCUCCAGCUGUUACUUGGAAGAAGCUCUCCAGAGACCAGACUUUGAGAGUCAGGGUCUGACAGAAGCGGCCCGCUGGAACUCCAAAGAGAACCUGUUGGCUGGACCCAGCGAGAAUGACCCCAACCUGUUUGUCGCACUCUAUGAUUUUGUGGCCAGUGGCGACAACACACUCAGCAUUACUAAAGGAGAGAAGCUACGUGUGCUGGGUUACAACCACAACGGCGAGUGGUGCGAGGCACAGACCAAGAAUGGCCAGGGUUGGGUGCCAUCAAACUACAUCACCCCUGUCAACAGCCUGGAGAAGCACAGCUGGUACCAUGGACCCGUGUCACGCAACGCUGCGGAGUACCUGCUCAGCUCGGGCAUCAACGGAAGCUUUCUGGUCCGGGAGAGCGAGAGCAGCCCCGGCCAGAGGUCCAUUUCUCUGCGGUAUGAGGGGAGAGUCUACCAUUACAGGAUUAACACUGCGUCUGAUGGCAAGAAUCUCUUUCUCCUUCAGCUAUACGUCUCGUCGGAAAGCCGUUUCAACACACUGGCGGAGCUGGUGCACCACCAUUCCACGGUGUCCGACGGCCUCAUCACCACGCUGCACUACCCAGCGCCGAAGCGCAACAAGCCCACCAUCUACGGAGUUUCUCCCAACUACGAUAAGUGGGAGAUGGAGCGCACUGACAUUACCAUGAAGCACAAGCUGGGAGGGGGCCAGUAUGGGGAGGUGUACGAGGGUGUUUGGAAGAAGUACAACCUCACUGUGGCUGUCAAGACACUAAAGGAGGAUACAAUGGAGGUGGAGGAGUUUCUUAAGGAGGCUGCUGUCAUGAAAGAGAUCAAACACCCCAACCUGGUACAACUGUUAGGUGUGUGCACACGGGAACCACCGUUCUACAUUAUCACAGAGUUCAUGACCCAUGGUAACCUACUAGACUACCUGAGGGAGUGCAACAGAGAGGAGGUCAAUGCAGUGGUGCUGCUCCACAUGGCCACACAGAUCUCCUCUGCUAUGGAGUACCUGGAGAAGAAAAACUUUAUACACAGGGACUUGGCUGCUCGUAACUGUCUGGUCGGGGAGAACCACCUGGUAAAGGUUGCAGACUUCGGCCUGAGUCGGCUAAUGACUGGAGACACCUACACGGCUCAUGCUGGGGCCAAGUUCCCCAUCAAGUGGACCGCUCCAGAGAGUCUGGCCUACAACAAGUUUUCUAUUAAAUCUGAUGUCUGGGCAUUUGGUGUGCUGCUGUGGGAGAUCGCCACCUACGGCAUGUCUCCCUACCCUGGCAUUGACCUGUCCCAAGUGUACGAGCUGCUGGAGAAAGACUACCGCAUGGACCGACCAGAGGGCUGCCCUGAGAAGGUCUACGAGCUCAUGAGGGACUGUUGGAGGUGGAGCCCCUCAGAACGUCCAUCUUUUGCUGAAACACACCAAGCCUUCGAGACCAUGUUCCAAGAGUCGAGCAUCUCGGAUGAGGUGGAAAAGGAGCUUGGCAAGAAAGGAAAGAAGGCAACAUUCGGGCCCAUCCAGAAGGCUCCAGAGCUGCCCACCAAAACCAGAAGUCUGCGCAAAAACAUGGAUAGCCGAGAUGGAGAUAGUCCAGACCCAUUGGAGCCGGAGGUAGCUGUGUCGUCGCCCAUGCUCCCCAGGAAAGAGCGCCCCUUCCUGGACAGUAACCUGAAUGAGGAUGACCGCUUGAUACCCAAAGACAAGGACAAGACACGAGGCAGUGGCUUUCUCAGUCUCAUAAAGAAAAAGAAAAAGAAUGCACCAGCUCCACCCAAACGCAGCUCGUCUUUCAGAGAGAUGGACGUCCACCCUGACAGGAGGGGCGUGACUCCAGAUCUUCGAGACAGUGACAGCUUCAACAACGGUGCAUCUUUGGCCAUUAAUGACAUCACACAUGGCCUCGACUCCACAAAGUUCCUGAGUAACAAUAAUGGGGCAGUGGGCAUCACCAACGGGGCACCUACCUACCCAGGACCUUUGUUUCCCAGGAAGAAGGGUGCUCCUGCAGUGCCUGGCCCUGGAGGGAAAGCGGCUACAACACCGCCUGGUGAGGAGGAAUCCAUGUCCAACUCGAAGCGUUUUCUUUGGUCCUCUAGCAUGCCGAUUGGCUCAGCUGGCACUGAAUGGAAGUCUGUUACACUGCCGCGAGACCUCGGCCAGCGCCACUUUGACUCGGGCACCUUCGGGGGCAAGCCAGCUCUGCCACGCAAGAGAACCAGUGAGCAGAAAGUGGAGAAUGCCCCUCGAAAGGGCACCCUUACUCCCCCGCCACGUUUGAACACCUUAUCAGAUGUUUCCUCUGCCUUCCUAGGCAGAGACACUGAUCUUAGUCCUGCUUCCAGUUCCCAGGCAUUAACACCUAAGGUGGUCAGGAGACCAGGGCUGCCAGGACUGGAGAACUCCAAGACCAGCGCUCUCCACGCUGAGCUUCUCAAGCCCAAUGUGUUCCCUGCUUUAGGGGCAGCUGCAGAAGAGUGCAGGGCCCGCAGACACAAGCACACUGGGGACUCUUCAUCUGUCAGGGAAAGAGGAAAGUUACAAAAACCCAAACCAGCCCCACCUCCACCACCCACCAAUGCCAAAACGGGCAAGAUUUCCCGCAGCCCCACUCAAGAACUCCCCUCUCCCUCAUCCACCACGUCAGAGAUCAAAGCUAAGGGCCUCCCCUCUCUCUCAGAGCCCCACCAUACAACCACUGCCAGUGACCAAGCCCGCUCACCGCUCAGUGAGGGCUCCAAGAAGCUGCCCCUGGGCUCCACCUCCAAACCUCAACCGUUAAAGACCUCCACCUCCUCCACUUCAGUGACCACCUCCCUCUCCAGCCAGAGCCUAGGAGGCUUUUCUUCCUCCCUCACCUCCCCCGGCGAUCUGAGCUCGCCCACUGCUUUCAUCCCCUUAGUGAACACCCGGCGCUCACUCCGCAAGACUGCUCCCCGCCAGGCUGCCGAGCGCACCCCAAACUCUGCUGUGACGCGCAAGAUGGUGCUGGAAGGCACCGAGCUGCUCCGCGCUGCCAUUUGCCGCAACUCGGAGCAGACUGGUAGCCACAGCGCUGUUCUGGAGGCCGGCAAGAACCUGUCGAAGUACUGCGUGAGCUACGUCGACUCCAUACAGCAGAUGAGGAACAAGUUUGCCUUCCGUGAGGCCAUCAACAAGCUUGAGAACAGCCUGCGUGAGCUGCAGAUCUGCCCCACCGCCACAGGAGGCGCCAAUGCCCAGCAGGACUUCAGUAAACUGCUGUCCUCUGUCAAAGAGAUUAGUGACAUUGUUCAGAGGUAGCGCUAUAAAAUCUUAAACUACUAAGAUAUAAAACUGACAUGAACUGUAUCUAAGACUACCCUUUUUUCUGAGAGCAUGAACUGCGGCAGAUGCUGAGCUCGUGUUGGAGAUCUGAGGGUAAAGCCUGCGGGGGUGCAGCAGUAGAGGUUUCACACGACAGUACACUCUGAAACACUUAAGCCUGUGGUUAUUGUGGAUGGAAUCUCUCCGUCGACGUCGUCAGACAGUUUGCAAUAUUGAAAAGCCUUAACCAUGAACAAACAGUGUCUUUUGGCCUUUUACGAGAGGCAAGGGGCCAAUUCUUUAUCAACAUGACUUUUCGCCAAUCAUUUUUGAACUGAUCAUGUCUUAUGUAUUCUAGUUGUGUUUCCCCCUUUAUCGAUGACACUAGUAGAAAAGAGGCCUGUGAUAAUUGUGUCCAUCACUGUUGGAGUGAUGACAAUGAGCAAAAACAAAACACUAAACCUCAACUUGUUCUAGGAUGCCUUCUCCGACUUAAAUGACUGAUCUCAUAGUUUCCAUUGUUACCUGUAAGAAUUGUGGAGCUUCUGGAAUCAGUGUUAUGACCUGAUGCGUCUGUCCAACACAUCCCAACAUGUUGCAUUGCUUUGUGCCAUUUCAUCAGUGAUUGGUUGUGUGCCAGUGAUUGUUCUGUAUGAAUGCUUUUGCAUUAUUUGCAACCAUGUGCCAUAAAAUAAUAAUGGGAGCAAGCAAAUGAGGCAGAAUGAGCUAGUGGCCUUCACCGUCGGUGACCAGUAGUGCCUUCAACACUUUUGGCAGAGCUGUUUCAGAUUUGCCACAUCACAAGUGCAGAAUUGUGGUUACGGAUAGCUGUGUUGAUUUAUUGGAUGUGUGAUUGCCAUACCAAAAACCUUUAGUCUCCAGUCUGUACUGGAGAGGGACCAGGGUGCAGGAUCUGCUACUUAGUGGAUCUGACUGUUUUAUGUUGUCCUUAGACUGGACUUUUCUUAUUUUUAUAAAACUGAUCCAACUUUCUAUACAUGCUAGUCACAAAAGCCAUCAGUAGCAGCUCGGCCUUGCAACCGCAUGCCGUUUGAUCUGUAAAGAGGGAUCGCAGACUGUGUUUCUUCUGCCCACUGAAGGGACUCUUUGCCUGAGAGAAUUAGUGUUGGAAGGCUAAUGUCACGGGGCCUAAAUGCUGUUUCAGAGGCCUUUCCACCCCAGCAAAAAAUAUAUAUAAAUAUAUAUCCUGGGGGAAACACUGGACUGAAAUGUUUAUGGAUCUGUCACUUGCUGUCUUACAAGAUGAUGAAUAAGUGAGAAGCUGACCAUUAGAGUAAAAGAAGCCAAAUGUUCCUUUAUGCUCAGUAACUCUUGGACGUUCUCAGUAUUCGUGCUGUAGUCGCCUCGCCCCAUGUGCCCAUCUGACUGCAAGCUGCCUUGACUUCAACAUGGUACCGUCAGUGUUGGCUCUAUUUUUUUUUAUUCUGCUCCUUUACCACCAUACCACUACUCAUCUUUAAUGUCUAAGCCUCCACAGUUUUUUUUUGUAGACAAACUUUGCUUUCCUUUGUAAAUAUGUUUUCCUAUUUGUUUCUCUCUCUAGCCUUGGUGCAAUUUGUGUUGCAAUAAAAUAACAAGCAGUUGUGCUACUUGAAAUA